AAACAACCAAACCAAACUAAUAUGCGCUAAAAGGAAGCAAUAAAUUAUUCGGCACAUAGCUUUGUUGCAAGCUUUGUAAUAGCUAGCUUAGGAAUGUAGGCAAACUUGUUCCUCAGUGUGCAGGCAUUACUUGAUAGAACCUGGUGUGGUUCUUCAGGAUUGCAGUCGAGUGUCCUUGAUGGAGCUCUUUCUAAACUGCAGUUUAGUUUCCCUUUUCAUCUCAUUGACCUUGCUACUUGCCUGAAAAGAAGGGUCUAACAAGGGAUGGUUGAAUGGAAUUGAGUAUGUUCAUGGCACUGUCCAAAGAGGAGGAAGUCCCAGGCUAAGAAGAAAGGAGCCAGAAAAAAAAAUAUCCUGCCUCAGUUUUCUCUGUUCCUGAACUUGAAUUUGAGCAUAUCUGCAGUAGGGCUCCAUCAAUCAUUCAGUUGAAGGCAGCUUAGAAGUCUUUCUCACUCAGCUUUCUGUAUAGCCUAGCAGAGAUUUCCAGUUGGACCAUUUCCUAUCAAAACGGCAGCACCCAGAAGACGGAAGCCACAAGCUCAACCGGAAUGAUUCAAACAUGACUUCAUGGAGAAAGCAGCAGGAACCCAACCCAAGAUAGGCGAAACUGGUGGGCGUGUGAGUACAUAACAGCCGGAGAAAACCAGGAAAAAGGUGUUCAGAAGAACAGUAAACAUCAAGAGAGGAGCGAGUCCUGCCGGCUGUGAGUCUUUUAUUAAAGCUUGUUUUCUUCUGUUCCUCUCUUCCCUACCUUCACCAAAAGAGCAGAAUGAAAGACCCAGUCAAAAAGCUCUCAUAAUCUUGAUCUCGUAGAUUCCGUUUGUGGAGAAAGUUGUCUGCUUGGUACUGUUCUGCCUUGUCUGAUUUUGUGACCAUUUGCUCAGCUCAAGACACAAGAGCUUGGAUUAAAGAAGACUGACGCCAAGAUGAUAUGGUUCUUCUCCAUGCCACACCAAGACACAGAGUUGGAAAUUGGGUCUCCCAUAUGAAAUGAAGACAUUCACACUUCCGGCCUCUUUAAUUAGACUCACUACCUUGGACUUCUGUAAUAUCCUGAUGCCUCGAAUAAUUAAUGUGAAUCACUGAAACAGCAAAAGCGUCUAGCUUUUUGACUUUUUACAAAUGAAGGCGAAUAUACGCGUCCCAGGAUAAUGUUGCAGAAUCCUUUCUGGAUCAGUCACCGGGACCAGAGGUUUAGUCUUCCGAGCUUUUGUAUUCGUGCUGGAGCCCAUCUUCUCUCUAGCCUUUUUGUUUUUUCUUCAGCAACUUGGUGGUGUGUCCUUUAGUCAUGGAUGAAGAAAUGGGGGUCCUCAAUGAAGGGGAGAGCAGAGGGAUAGUAGGACCGGACACCUUGGAGAGUGACAACCCUGGCAAGCCCCCUGCUUUGAAUGUGCACAGAUUGCGCAACCUGGCCAUAGCUAGCAUCAUCUGUGGCUGUUCGUGCAUUGGGGUCCUGGCACUGAUCUAUGCAGUGAAGGCUAAUGAAAAGCAAAAGGCCCAUUGCCAGAAAGCAGCACUUCAUUGGGCUCGGAAAUCUCGGCUUCUGUCUUGCCUGAGUAUCAUUGUCUGGGUUUCCCUUCUUAUUCUGAUCCCCACGUUACUAGUCCUCCUGUCUUACCUCAUAUCUAAAGCAGAAUGAUGAGCCACAUCAUUUGGUGAUUUUGGGCUUCCAGAAUCCAUAUUGACUAUCGUGGUUUCUUCAGCUGGAUUAAGCCAAGCGAGCACUGAAGUAUUUCUCAUGGUGACACUUUCUUCAUUGAGUUGGCUCCAUAUAUGGGAAAAAUGGCGGAUGUCGUUUUUUUUCUCUCUCCUGCAGACCAUGUAGAAGGAUUUGUUCCACUCGAUGUUAAGAUGCCUAGCUAGUUCCAUCUGUUAUCCUUCUCCAUUUGAUGUACUCUAGAUGUUGGAUACACCUCCCAUCAUUCCUAGCCAGGAUUGCCAUAUGAUGCAGAUUCCCAGAAGCACCUGUACUUGAUUGAAAUAUUUCUCUUUCAUGAAAUGCUCUUUCCUGGUGGAAAAAUAUACACACCCACUGUAGAAAACCCCUGACAGUGAAAGAGUGAGUUUGGAAAAAAGAAAGCCAACUUUAUUUGGCAUACAAAUGA